AUGACACUCCGACCCGCCGAAUCUUCGGGGGAAAGCGCGUCAAUAUCAAAAAGUACCCGUUUAUAGUGAGCGUUCAUAUGUUGAACGUGUUCUACUGCGCCGGUUCCAUCAUCAAAGAUGACCUCGUCAUCACCGCUGCCUCAUGUUUACAGCUCGCCCACAACAAUCGCUUCUACCGCGAGAACCCCAGCUUCAUCGCCAUCCGCGCCGGAUCUAACUUCUUCUUUCUUGGCGGCGAGAUCAUACCUGUCAUGGGAGUGUACUUCCACCCGUCAUACGAUCCCAAGACCCUGCGCAGUAACCUGGCUGUGAUGCAGCUCCAAAGGGUCCUCAGCUUCAGGCACAGGAAUGUGAAGAAGAUAGAGAUUGACCGAGCUGCGUCAGCUCUGCCGGAAAACACCCCGCCCAUUACUAUUCUCGGAUGGGGCGCUAAAACGGUGAGCAAUUUACAAUUUCAUCGGAAUAGGUUACAUGCAGCUAGUCUAGACUUCUACGAUAGAGAGUCGUGCAGGGAAAUAUAUGGAAAGAAGUUCAUAACUAGAACAAAUUUCUGCGCCGGUUUCAUAUCAAGAGGCGAAGGUGCAUGCAAUCUAGACGUAGGCGACCCGGGCGUCUCGGGUAUGUACCUGGUGGGCGUCACCAGCUUUGGCUCCCCGAUUUGCGGACGACCUGACACGCCCACAGUGUUUACCAAGGUCGGGUUCUAUGCCGACUGGAUUCAAGACCUCAUGGAUCAGGAAAGAGUUCGAAUCAGUCGCAGUACUACAACCCAACGACCCUUUAGAGUAUUGGAUAAAAAAAUCAUUCUAUACGGGAUCGGCGGGGAAGCAGAACCAAUCCCCUUACAACGUGAAGGUACAAAUACCGAGGCAGCCCAAGACAUUGCAGCCAUAGAUAAACACCUCGAAAUAGUGCAGAAUGAACUUAAAAAGCUUGGAAUGCAAAGCAAAGAGGGUGCGGAUCUAAUCCGAAACAUACAAUCUGGAACUCCCCAAACAGAAGAAGUAAGUCUACCAGACGAAGAACAAGACCCCGAAAUAAAACAUAAUGGACCUGGUACUGAAAAUAAUCCAGUAGUAGUACAUCAAUUUAUUGAUUCGGAUCGGACUCGGGAAGAAGAAAUCGGUCAUGCAUUAAGAGAAGAAGAUCAACACAAUAAAGAUGCUGAAGCCAAAGAGGAAGGAGAAGCCAAGAAUACAUCUCUAGAAGAAACGAAUGUGGACACAGAUGACGUUGAUUCUGAUAGUAUAACCAUGAAUCCAGUAGAUCGCGCAACCAAAGUAAUUGACUUUGAUCCAAAACCAACAGAGUCAAGAGAAAUUCAAAAAAUAGUUAUAGAGAACGUUAGAGUGACAGAACCACCGGAUAAUAAUUUAAAUAUGGAUUCAGAGUCUGAUUUCCCUGAGAACGCUGCUUCAGCAAAAAAAAUUGUGACUGAUAAUGUUGAUCCCGUAGAAUCCAGAUCAAGCGAAACUGGUGUUAGGUUAAUUAAAAAACAUCUUCCAGUAUUUACAAAAGACACAGUUUUAAGAAAAAAACAUCGUAAUCGUAAUGUAGUCAAUUUUCAGUUCGAAAAUAAACACAUGCCAAAACGUCCAGAUAAGAAGCAUAAGGGUUACGUCCCUACAAAUCCUCCAAAUAUUCUUGGGAAUCCACGACCUAUUGAUUUGGAAUAUGAUGGUAAAAAUAUUUUACCCAAAUAUCAAGAUAAUCAUGAAGCUACUCAAAAUGAAAAUAAAAUUCAAGUGCAUAAUCCAGAAGUUGAUAAAAAUGUUGGCAUUAAUAAAAUGAUUUGGAAAGAAAGUCGUGAAUCUACUACCGAUAAAGAAGAAAUAGGUCACGCUGAACUUGCAAAUGAUAUUGCAGACGAAAUUGUAAAACAUGAAAUCCAGAAAUUAAUAGAAGAGCUGGAAAUAAGCAGUGAGUUAAACUCACAAACCGAGGACUACAAAGCUACUGAUUAUAGUCCGUUACGCAAUAAUUUUAAAAAUAUAGAUACAGAUAAAACUAAAGGUUCGGAAACCGUACUAACUUUCCUUUAUUUGACAGAUGUUGAGGAGAAAGUCCAUACACGAGCGAAUUCAGACACACGUGACGAAGGAUUGAGUAUAGAUCCAAAACCGUUUCAAAAAGAAAUUCACGACAGUAAUCAAUUAAUAGGGAAAAGUGAGGUAUACAAAAUCUUUGCGGACGUCAUGAACACUGUAGUUAAUAAAACAUUGGAAUAACAUUU